GCCGACCUCAGCAUCGUCAGGAUCACCAGUACUCGGUGCCAGUCUAUCGUUUAAUCCUAAUCUAAUUCUCGCCCAUCAUGAAGAUCUCGACCGCCCUCGCCUCGGUGCUGUCCGUGGCGACCUUUGCCUCGGCGGCGCCCUCGGCCCCGACGCUCCCUUUCCCGCCAAAGUCGGAGCAGGCCCACGGCAUGACGAUUGAGCAGAUCGCCGCGAUCCCCAAGCCCCCGGCCCAGCCCGUGUCCGUCAUGACCACCGAGGCCAACGGCGGGACCGUGUCCAUCAUGGCCGGCUGCCGCAGGAACAUCCACAUGCGCUGGGGCACCAUGUCCGCCCAGCAGCGCACCAACUACGUCAAUGCCAUCAAGUGCCUCAUGGGCCGCCCCCGCAGGGGCAUCUGGAACGGCGCCCGCAGCCUCUACGACGAGAUGGUCUACGUCCACAACCAGAUGGUCAACCAGAUCCACGGCUCCGACAUUUUCCUCCCGUGGCACCGCUACUACCUGUACAUGCUCAGGUCCUUCAUGUCCACCGAGUGCGGCUUCAACGGCCCGUACGCCUGGUGGAAGGAGACCAACAACGUCGGCAACUUCGGUGCCUCCGACAUCUUCAGCGCCCAGUGGUUCGGCGCCCUGCCCCAGGCCAGCGGCAACAACGGUUUCUGCAUAACCAAUGGCGUCUUUGCCAACCUCAUCAACCCCAUCAGCGGCCAGUGCGUGGCCCGCGGUGAGAGGCGCGACAUGAGCGCCAACGACAACAUUGGCAACGAGGACUACGUCAACGGCCGCACCACCUACUCCGAUAUGCGCGCCUACCUCGAAGGCCUGAACCACGCCUAUGGCCACCUUGCCAUCGGCCCCACCAUGUCCAGCCAGGCCCAGUCCCCUGCCGAUCCCGUCUUCUUCCUCCACCACUCGUAUGUCGACUGGACCUGGAAGCGCUGGCAGAACCAGGCCUCGUGGCGCUGGUCGAGCAUCUCUGGCUGCGCCGACAAGAACAGCCCCUGCACACCGCUCACCGUCAACACCCAGCUCACCUCGAUGGGCCUGUUUCGCGCCAUGACCGUCGGCGAGCUCCUCGACACCGAGGGCGACGUUGGCUGCUACACCUACGACAACCUCGUCUAAGCCUUUUCUUUCCUGGACUUGAAUUCCCUGCAGCGGAAGGAUAUGACGGAGAAAGGAGGUGGCUUCAUGACGACGAUGUCUGGUGCUUAUUCUUUGUAGAUAUUUGAUUUCGACGAGAAACUUUAUGAUAAUACAUUACUUGUCGAAACA